CAAAAGACUAAGCUUUAUCUAAUACUAUUUCGCUAUCUAUUUUCUAUAUACUUCCACUUGUUAUAAAUAUUCGAUAACUAUCAGGCUUUCAACCACCAAAAAAAAAAAAAAUUAAAUAAAAAAAAAAAAUGAGAAGGAAGAAUUUAUAAAGUUGCCUAGAUUUUUGUAUUUGUGAAAAUGGCAAAAUCAGAUGAGGUAGUAUCAAGAACGUUUAUUUCACUCCCGCUUCAUAUCUUCUUGCUUCUGACUCCUUUGCUUUCGGAGGCUUCUUCAAUACUGUCUCUUCCCGGGUUCCAGGGCUCACUUCCUUUUCAACUCGAAACUGGGUAUGUGGGUGUGGGUGAGACAGAGGAUGUGCAGCUCUUCUACUACUUUGUUAAGUCCGAGAGGAAUCCUCAAAAGGACCCUCUCUUGCUUUGGCUCACCGGUGGCCCUGGCUGCUCUGCCUGGAGCGGUCUUGUUUUCGAAAUUGGCCCUCUGAAUUUUAAUGUAGAACAGUACAAUGGAAGCCUACCUACGUUAAUUAUAAAUUCCCACUCGUGGACAAAGGUGUCCAACAUAAUAUUCUUAGAUUUACCGGUUGGCACUGGAUUUUCCUACGCCAGAACCUCCCAGGCUUCUAAAUCCAGCGACCUCAAACAAAUGCACCAUGCUCUCCAAUUCUUAAGGAAGUGGUUGAUUCAACAUCCAGAAUUUAUUUCAAAUCCAUUUUAUGUUGCUGGAGAUUCAUAUUCCGGCAUUACUGUUCCUGUACUUGGUCAAUUGAUCUCAGAAGGAAAUGAUGAAGGCAUCAAACCAUUGAUAAAUCUUCAGGGAUAUUUACUUGGAAACCCAGUGACACAUAAUUCAGAAACCAACUUCAAAAUUCCAUAUGCUCAUGGAAUGGGACUCAUUUCUGACGAACUCUACCAAUCGCUGCAGGAAAAUUGCGGAGGAGAGUAUCAAGAUGUAGAUCCCAGCAAUACAGUGUGUUUGAAUGAUGUUAAGGCUUAUGAUGACUGUGUUUCAGGAUUAAAUCCAGCCCAUAUUUUGGAACCUUUGUGCGCUUUUGCUUCUCCAAAGCCACAAAAGACGGUGGGUAUUGAAAGAAAAUCCAGAUCUCUCUCCGAGAAUAUUCAAGUGCUCCACUUUUCAGAAUCCGAAGUUCCCGCUCUGACCUGUCGUUCAUAUGGAUAUUUGCUAUGUGGUUAUUGGGCCAAUGAUCCUAACGUCCGCAAAGUCCUUGGCAUACAAGCGGGAAGUAUAGGGGAGUGGAAGCGAUGCAACUAUUUUUUGCCUUAUGAGAAAGACGUAGACAGCAGUGUUGGGUAUCAUGCAAUCCUGAGUGCUAAGGGCUAUCGUUCUUUAAUAUACAGUGGUGAUCAUGACAUGGGGGUGCCAUUCUUAGCAACUCAAGCAUGGAUAAGAUCAUUGAACUAUUCGAUUGUUGAUGACUGGAGGCCGUGGGUUGUCCAUGGCCAAGUUGGUGGUUACACGAGGACUUACUCAAAUCGGAUGACAUUUGCAACUAUAAAAGGAGCAGGGCACACAGCUCCAGAAUACAAACGUAAAGAAUCUCUUGCCAUGUUACAAAGGUGGCUUGAUUCUGAACCUCUGUAAAAUCCUCUGUGUCUCCACGAAUCUGACAGGAAUGGUCACUGAAAAACUUGUUUAGUUAUAAAUGGUUUUAGGCCUCACUACACAAGCAAGUUGAUGUAAUAAUACAUAUAUGUAUGUCUAUAUUAUUGAGAAACAAAUUUAAUUUUAGACUCGUUCAACACUAA